ACGAAACACGAUCGUAGAAUUAAUAAGUGCAAUAAAUAAAAUGGACGGUUGUAGUGCAUUAAAUUGUAAGAAUAGGAGUGAAGCCGGAUUUCAAACGUUCCCAACGGAAGCAGAAAGAAGAAAGAAGUGGUUAAUAAACUGUCGGCGUGACAAAUGGAUACCUUCCUCGAAUUCAAGAUUAUGCGAGGUUCACUUUGAAAGCUCUCAAUUUGAACAAAAUAGGCAAGAUGGGUUGAAAAAAUUAAAGCCAAAUGCUGUACCGACGUUAUUUGAUGUACCAAAUCCAACAAAAAGAAUUGAAAGUUUAUCAUUGAAUUGGCAGAAUCGUGUAUUUAACAUCGCCGAUUUUGAAACAUGCGCCAGCUGCCAGGAGCCAAUAUGGCGGAUGCAUAUCCCACCUAAUAUAGUAUUUUAAUUAAAGCAGUGCUCACAAAAAUUUGUACAUUUCGAGCCGAUUCCUGCCAUAGACUUAUAAGAUAGACGGAGCAUUCGUACGAGAGAAGCUGAAGACGCGAUAGAAAGAGAAAGAAACAGUCGCGGAGUAGUUCUCUUCUUUUCUAGUAGUGAAUUGAUUGGUCGUCGCGGCAGGUCGGGGAGGAGUCGAGAGCAACGAAGUUAAAUG